AUGUCUCGAUCGGGAACCACCCUCUAUGUCACUGGUUUCGGCCAUGGCACCCGUGCUCGCGACCUUGCCUACGAAUUCGAACGCUACGGCCGCUUGGUCCGUUGUGACAUCCCAGCGCCGCGUACUCAAUCGAGCCGCCUCUUCGCCUUUGUCGAAUACGAGAGCCGCCGAGAUGCGGAUGACGCCUACCAUGAGAUGCAUAACAAGCGCAUUGGGCGUGACGACCUUCUGAAAAUCGAGUGGGCUCGUACUCCGCCUUCUGCAUCAUGGAGAUUUGAAUCUGGUCGAGAAUCUGGCCGUGAUUCCGGUAGGGAGUCCGGUCGGGAGUCUGGCCGUGAACGCCGUCGCUCACCUCGCCGGGGUCGCUCCGUCUCGCCGCGUCGCCCUCGUGACUACUCUCCCCGACGUGAGGAUCGAUACGAACGGGACUACGAACGUCGCGAAGACCGAGACUACGAUCGCCGGGACCGCGACUAUGAUCGUACUCGUGACCGGGACCAUGACCGCAGGGACCGUGAUCGUGAACGCUCCCGUGACCGCUCCCGCACCCCCGACGACCGUGAUCGUGAUGCCAAGGACGACCGGGAGAGACGCGAUGAUGACCGUGAAAGACGUGAGGAUGACCGAGAGCGCCGUGACGACGGAGAGAAUGUUCCCAAUGGCGAAGACAGGAAAGUACCCUUGGAUCCCGUUCCCUCUGCUCAUGACGAGCUUGAUACCGCUGAGUAG